AUGCCGUCCGGUCAGCACUACCAGCCGGAAUCCCAGUCAAGCCGGGGAGGACUCGGUGUGGGAGUCCCACCCAAGCAACCCAAAUUUGCGAAGGAUGCCCCGGAUACCAAGACAAAGAAUUUAGUCAUCCGGCCCCCAGGCGACUUUCUCUGGGUAGAUUAUCAGGAUGACAAGUCCCAAGGUCGUGAAUUAUCUCGUUCUAAACAGGCCUUUGUAAGGACCCGCCAUCAUCGCAUGCGAAGAGAGAAGCAGCUGCAACAAUUAAAAAACCCCACCGAUCAUCAGGGCCCCUCACCGUCCGAUUCAAGUUCUACUACAUCUUCUACCUCCUCUACCUCAUCUGCCUCUUCUGCCUCUUCUACUACGGCCACCGGACCUGCGAGAAGCACUGCUUGUGUGCCCAAGCAUGAAGAAGAUUACGAUGAAGAUGUGCUGGAAUGUCGCAACCACUAUCCAGCAGCCCGGCAAUCCCCAUUAAUAGUUAACUACAUCGAGCCUGGAGUCCUCGAUGGAGGUCCUGCUCUGGCCGUCGCCAUUAACGAAAACCCCAAUAUUUACUUCCAACAUUAUCGAGUUCAUAGCUCAAGAUCCUGCUUCCCACUCUGCUCCAGUGGCGUGGUAUACUGGUUUUGGGAGAGGGCCCUCGAAGAUCCCGCCUUGAUGCAAAUUAAAUUAUCAAUCAGCGCAUCUCACCGUGCUGCGAUUCUCGAGUCAUGUGGUGCUCCAGCAGACAUGAUUCGGAAGCCCGCACAAGAUGCACUUCGCCUCCGCGUUGGAACGCUCAAAUCAGUCCAGGAGCUAUUGCAAAAUAAAACCAAAGUAUACACUGGCUCAACCAUUUUUAUUAUCUCUCAUCUGAUCGUCUCGGAGGGCAUCGAAGCCAAUGUGGAGGCCGUCGAAGCACAUAUAAAUGGCAUGGAGAAAAUAAUUGCUGGGGCAGGUGGAAUGGAUGCCCUUGACUAUGGCAUAUUGUCUAUGGUUUAUAGCUGUGCAUUCGUUCGGGGAAUGAUAACUCAAGCACCGCCGGCGCUUUACAUGUGUUCUAAAUUCCAGAACAGAGUUUUCAAAGAAUCCGCUUUUUUCAAGCUGAACAGUCGAUUUACAAAACUAUCCCGGUUCUCCAAGCUCGGCACCAGUUUCCUCAACUCACCUUGGUCUACAGAUAUUCCGCCCAUGUUCAAGUCGAUCAUCUCUCUGUUCCAGCAGCUGGUAACCUAUUACGAGAGUUUGGACAUCGUCGUUGCCGACCCAAUGUCCGUUGAGAAUGACUGUUUACUUUUCUUGGGUUAUCGGCUACUGGGUCUUCCGUACCAGUGUGAGCUAUCGCCGUUUCAAGAAACGCUGCGACUCGCGAUUUUGGCCUACGCUUCUGUAAGAGUUUGGAGCUUCUACGGCAUGUCUUGUCUGGAGUCUCUUGCCGAGACACUGCGACAAAGCCUGGUCGAGAGUCUUCCGGUGAUUCGAAGCACUGCUCCUGAUCUGCUGUUCUGGGUUCUCUUCAUAGGUAGUCUUGCAUCCAGAGGGAUGAGGUGCCAUUCGUGGUUCCUGACUCGCCUCGUGGAUGUGGCAGACCAAUUAGGGCUGGAAGGUUGGGGAAGUGCGCUUCCGAUAUUAGAGAGGUUUUUCUUCGUCUGUCGGUCGAAAGAUGAACCCGCCAAAGAGAUGUGGAACUCUGCCUUCCGGUGA